CACAUGACUCCAUGACAGCAUCUGCUGGGUUUGUACACCUGCAUGUUUGUGCUCUAAAAACGGUUAUUUUUUCCAAUAUUUUAAAAGCUGUUCAAUCGAAAUAAGUGCAAGACUUUAAAAAGGGAUAUAUUUGUUUUAUAAUUAGGUAACAUAUUUGUUAACACGUGCGACUGAUGUAAAGAAGACACCGUUUUAUGAGCUCCUCCUCUCUAAAUGAUAGAGAUUUCAUAGCCCUGAGGAAAACAUUGAUAGACUAAAAGAUCCGCAGGUCGCUUUUGUUUUUCUAAUCUACAGCAACUAAUGGCGACCAGUGCCAAAAGACCUUCCUUGCAGGGUCCAAUACCACCUCCACGCAAGAAGACUACUCCCAAGCCAGAGUUGACUGAGGAGCAAAAGCAGGAGAUCAGGGAGGCCUUUGAGCUGUUUGACACCGAUGGGUCUGGUUUCAUUGAUGUCAAGGAGCUCAAGGUUGCAAUGAGAGCUCUAGGAUUUGAACCAAAAAAAGAGGAGAUCAAGAAGAUGAUUGGUGAAGUGGAUAAGGACGGCACAGGGAAGAUCUCCUUCACUGACUUUCUCUCUGUUAUGACACAGAAAAUGGCUGAAAAGGACUCUAAAGAGGAGAUCCUGAAAGCUUUCCGACUGUUUGAUGAUGACGAGACAGGAAAGAUCUCCUUCAAGAAUCUGAAAAGAGUAGCCAAAGAGCUGGGAGAGAACCUCACAGAUGAAGAACUGCAGGAAAUGAUUGAUGAAGCCGACAGGGAUGGAGAUGGGGAAGUGAACCAGCAGGAGUUCCUGCGCAUUAUGAAGAAAACCUGCCUGUACUGACGAAGUGCUUACCAUUAGGUUGUACAUCGCUGUGUUGACCAGGGGAAGGCUUUGUGUGUUAUGCUGCCGACACAUCUAGUUCUGUAUUUUAAGAAAUCAUUUUAUUAUUAUUGUGUUGUGCCAUACAUUUUCACAAAACCUAUGUCUAUCAAAAGGGUUAACUUUGCAUAGUACAAAGACAGGGAGUCUGGUCCAAUGCCAAAUAAUCCUCCAUUCAUUCACUUUACAUUUGCCAAAAACAAUAUGAGAACGCUGUCUCAGUAACACUCAAUACAAGAUUUUCUUGUUCAGAAUGCUGCAUACUUUUGUCAAGAACGCGUUCAUAUGUAUUAUUAUUGAAAAAAGAUUAUUUGUUGUCAAGAAAUUCUCAGUGCCUGCCUCAGUAUGAUUACAGAGUACUUUUCAAUGCAUUGUUUAUUGUCACAGUAUCUGCUUCUAAUUUAAUGUGUCUGCACAUUGUUUGGUUUGGUGUUCCAUGUUUUGGCUGUCCUAUACUGGUUUACCACAGAGGUUUGUGGAGCAGCCUCAGUGCUGUAUCUGGAUCUGUGCCUGUGCCUCUCAAAGGGGUGAUCAUCACAGUCAGGGAAAACUAACCAGUGUCUCUGACCUGCAACACCUUUCCACUACCUUCAAAAUAUGAUUGUUGAUGUACUUUUCUUGUAGCAUUCAUUCCUCUGCUCUAUAUUCCAUCCCUUGUAUUCUUGAAUGUUUUGUACAAGAUAUAGUGACAUACUGAGUAGAUAUAUGAAAUAUUAGUGUUUAAGGUGCAAAUAAAUCUGUUGAAGCAGUU